CUGGAAACAAACACGUACACACACUCCCUCUCCGAGCCGGACAGUACAACUCCUGGUCCGGCAGCCCGGCAGCGGAGGACUUACCCAGGCUUCCAGGCUCCGCAGCCCGCUGUGACAGUGGACCUAACAUCGCCUUACUUUGUGGACAUGGGAGACAUGGGGGAUCCGCCGAAAAAGAAGCGGUUGGUGUCUCUGUGCGUGGGCUGCGGGAAUCAGAUCCACGACCAGUAUAUCUUGCGGGUCUCGCCGGAUCUGGAAUGGCACGCCGCGUGUCUCAAAUGUGCCGAGUGCAGCCAGUACCUGGACGAGUCCUGCACGUGCUUCGUCCGGGAUGGAAAGACUUACUGUAAGCGGGACUACAUCAGGUUAUACGGGAUUAAAUGUGCUAAAUGCAACAUCGGCUUCAGUAAGAACGACUUCGUCAUGAGGGCCCGUUCGAAGGUCUACCACAUUGAGUGUUUCCGUUGCGUGGCCUGCAGCCGGCAGCUCAUUCCGGGGGACGAGUUCGCUUUGCGAGAAGACGGGCUCUUCUGUCGAGCCGACCACGACGUGGUGGAGCGGGCCAGCCUGGGCCCGGGGGAUCCGCUCAGCCCCCUGCACCCAGCCAGACCGCUGCAGAUGGCAGCAGAACCAAUCUCUGCCCGGCAGCCUGCUCUGCGGCCUCACGUCCACAAACAGCCCGAGAAGACCACUCGGGUCCGGACGGUGCUGAACGAGAAGCAGCUGCACACCCUGCGGACCUGCUACAAUGCCAACCCGAGGCCUGACGCCCUAAUGAAGGAGCAGCUGGUGGAGAUGACCGGUCUUAGUCCACGAGUGAUCCGGGUCUGGUUCCAGAAUAAGCGGUGCAAGGACAAGAAGAGAAGCCAGCUUAUGAAGCAGCUACAGCAGCAGCAGUCCAGCGACAAGACGAAUAUCCAGGGAAUGACGGGCACCCCAAUGGUGGCAGCCAGUCCGGAACGGCAUGAUGGAGGCAUUCAGGCCAAUCCGGUGGAGGUGCAGAGUUACCAGCCGCCCUGGAAGGUGCUCAGCGACUUCGCGCUGCAGAGCGACAUUGACCAACCAGCAUUCCAACAACUGGUUAGUUUCUCGGAAGGAGGACCGGGUUCGAAUUCGACAGGCAGCGAAGUAGCGUCUAUGUCGUCUCAGCUUCCAGACACGCCGAACAGCAUGGUAUCGAGCCCCAUCGAGGCCUGAGCCGCCGCUGCAUGGACAGACUGAAUGAACACAUAGCCCCUUUCAUACCAUCCCUCCCGACUGCACCAAGCAACCCCCUGGUUGUAUUUUGACACUGUGAAGACAAUCAUGGGAUUUUACCACGGUCACCCAUUCUAAUGUCCAGAGGAGAUAAACUGAUGAGUCCUCGCGGUCGGUGCUGCCAGUUCAUAGCGCGGUUACAGUUGCCAAACAGAGCAGGCAUGAAGCUGGCUCCACCGAUAAACGGAGCUUCUGAAUAUGAGAGAAGUCGAAAUUAUGUACUUGCGAAAUGCCGUACGCGACUUUGAAUAGGAAACAAUGUUUUUUUUUUUUUAUUUAUUUUUGUUUUGUUUUGUUUGUUUGUUUGUUUGUUUGUUUUUGUAGUUGUUUGUUCUGUGUUUGUUCUGGUUUUCCAUUAAUUACAUGAUUUCCUUAAAGACCCAAGUACUAAAGCAUUUGCAACAUGGUAUACCUCUAUUUUGCCACAAGCUUCGUGGGACAUUUGUGCGAGUUAGUGUCCGUCCGAUUUUUUUUUCUUUCCCAAAGAUGUGUAAAUUAAUAAUAAGUUUUAAAAAAUGCUGUUAACUCCGGAAGGAAAUGUUUUGUUUGUUCCCGUGCGGCAAAAUUAUUUAUUAUUUAUUGUCAACAAAUUUGCCACCUUUUGUGUAACUUUCUUAACUGAAGGAAAAAGAAAAAAAAAAAAGAAACAAAACGAGUGGAGUUUGGUCUGUGGCUCUUCUGUCAGAAUUCUGCGACUCUUCCUUUUUUGACAGCGGAGAGGACAAUGCGGAGUCUGGCUGUAUAUCUGAAGCGUGUUUCUCUGUGAACCCACACACACGAGGCCGAAUAUCAGCUCUGGUUAAAUGCCUGGAUGGACAGACUGUGGUUAAUUGGGUGUCAUGUUAGUGCCGACGCUGUGUCAGGUUACCUAUACUCUGCUACAUGCUGUAGCGCAAAGUGCACUGUUAAACAUCUUCAGCUUAACAAAACGCCCGACCAUUAAAAUAUUCUUUUCCUGAAAGAAAAGCAAUCAAACCCAAUCUACUGUGUCUACCUCUUCAUUUUAAGACUUUGAGAGAUCAUAUUUUAACACACUCCGCUACAAUCGGCACUUCUCUGGAAAUAGUACAGUAAUGUGGCCACAGUAGAAAUAUUUCUUCUUGUUUUAAGAAAAGUCAAAUUUAAAAAUACUUAAGCUAUUCUUAACAAGAAUCGUUUAUGCCAUGAAAUGGCUGAGUCAGAAAUAAAUUAAAAUAACAACCCAAAGCACUGACGGCCUGUGUGGAGUGAAUUUAAGAUUUAAGUGUCUGACCAUAAAUAGGAGCAGCAUGUAUAAUGAGAUUUUGAUUUUUCACAUCAGAGCUUUUUUCAGUUUUCUUCUUCUAUUAAAAAAAAAAAAAAAUUAAACAUAGUUGAAGUCAAACUC